UGCCCAAGUGGUAAGGCAGGAUUAAUCAGGCUUUGUGUUAAUCAGCUUUCCACACCGAAAUGGCUGUGACUACAAAUGCUAAAUCCGGAGCCUACCUCCUCUUCGUGGCUGCAUUCUUCCUGGCCUUGUCCACUACCUCUACAGCUUUAAACAUCACCAAAGCGCUUGCAGAUUACUCUGAGUACAGCACUCUCAGCAAUCUUCUCAAGCAGACAAAGCUGACCGAAGCUAUCAACCAUCGUCUAACCAUUACCAUACUAGCCCUGGACAACGAUGCCAUCAAAUCCAUCGCAAACAGACCCAACGAUGAACUUAGGGAAAUCCUCAUGAAUCACAUCAUCCUUGACUACUUCGAUAAGGAAAAGAUCCGAAAGCUGGGAAAGAAGAGUGCUCUUCUCACCACUCUGUAUCAAACCACUGGCUCGGCUUCGAACCAAAAUGGUUUCGUCAACAUUACAAGGAUUGCACCAGGAGAUGUUGUGUUUGGUUCAGCCACCAAGGGUUCACCACUAGUUGCUAAGCUUCUGGGUUCCGUCAUUUCCCAGCCUUUCAACUUAUCAGUGCUCCACAUUAGCACACCCAUUGUGGCUCCUGCCUUUGGUGAUCCCAUCCUUCCUCCACCACCACCACCGGGUUCCAAGCCACCGGCCCCUGCUCCCAAGAAGUCCAAGUCUAGCAGUAGCAGUGCCCCUAGCUCCGAUGCCGAAGAUGAGGCAGACUCCCCUUCUCCAUCCGACGCACCAGCUCCAUCUCCUAAAGCUGCCAAAAGGAAGUCGCCCCCCAAACCCAAAGAUUCUGAUGACAAUGAUGAAGAUUCUGAAGCACCUUCUCCUUCCGCUUCCUCUAGAGUAGUGUGGUCAUGGGUAAGCGUUGCUGUGGUGAUUGGAUUGAUAGCCUUCUAAGUUACGCUACGUGGGGAGCCAAACGAAUUUUAGCUUUAUAUUUAUAUUAUAACGAAAGCCGGGCUUGAGGAAAGCCUAAUCCCCGUUAUGAGAAUAACCGAAACACAAAGGUAUAAUUCAAGAUUCCCAUUUACCUGCUUUCACAAUGUAAUAGAGAGUUAAUAAAUUCCUAUUAUUUGUGAUA